UUCCUCUCCCCCCUGGUGAGGAAUGUGUCGUCCUCCUGCUGCCCUGCUGUCUAACACGUUUAGUGCUGAGGUAAGUUCAAAUGCGGAUGUUACUCGACGUGUAACCGGAUGAUGUGGUAAAUAAAGGUCAGUAUUUGGAGUAAUGUUAAAACUUUUUGCUGACGAGCAGGAGAUGAAUUUUAAGAUGUGGAAGUUGCAGCAGGCCUACCAGUCCAAAGACGGGACACAAAAGUGAAGAAAAUAAGUAAAGUUUUCCCGUCUGGAUUUCUUUAACAGUAUACCCACAUGCAGCUCAAGAGUCGUUAGAUUUACAGCAAUACAACCCAGGAUUUGUUUGGCUUUGCUGUGAUUUCACUCUUAACCUGUCUACAAUCUGAAAGACCCACAUAGGACUGAGUUAGUUAGCGUUAGCAUAGACUUAAGCUAAAGCUAGCCAUGUCAACUGAAAUAUUAAAAUAAGAGGUCAUUUUGUUAUCCUCUUGUCUUUAAUGUAACGUUACAUGGUUAAUUUCACUAUACUGCAACGUUGCGAAAGGAAAUAACUGUUGUAGUCACACAUUCUGUAUUAUUGUAAGGGUACUCUAAAAUAUGGUUAUUGCUAGCAUACAUAUGAUAGGCUUUCAUUAGUUCAGACGGCAUUUAACGUUAACGUUAAUUUCCGUAUAAUUAUGAGAUUGUUUAUGGAAAGACAGCUGAUAAAUCCAGCAAGAAUAUAAUUAAUUUAAUCAAGACAUUGUGCUUCAUGAAGAAUGAAUUGGUUAAACAGUAACUUUAACCCCCAACUGUGACUUAUUGUAAUGUUUGAAGCCCAAGUCCCUCGUUCUACUUGGAGGAGUACUCCGCUCCAGGUUUUCCAUCAGACCGCUGAGCUGACUUCGAUGGGCGGCAGGUAAAGUCUCCCCUGAAUAUCUGGCUCCGGUUCCAGUUGCUACAGGUGGCUGCAGUAUUUUCCGGGCUUUCAUCGAUACUUUCCCUCUACUUUUCCUUGUUUUUUUUCUUCUUCUUUUUCUCCCCAGCCUGCACUCUGUCUGGUUGAAUUUGAAUAGACUUUGGGAGGCAACGUCUCCAGCGUACAGCAGCAAACUCUCACGCUUUGAAAAACAAAAAAAUAUGGCGGGAUUGAAGGAUAACGCUGCCUCGCGAAUAGUAGCAGCCAAAGGACGUUGAUGCGUCUUGGAUUCGUUUAUUUUUAUUUUUUAAAGCUUAUUGCGUGAACAGUUUUCGGUCCCGCUGGAAUUUACUGGUCUGAAAUAAAUAUGCCCUUUCCCCAGAGGACCAUCGAGCCGCGGCGUGUUGGUAGGUUAUCGGCGAGAGAUGGCUGGAUACAGAGAGAAGAAACCGGGAGACGCAAACUGCGAAAACCCGUGUUGUUCUCGUCCCUGGACGAGGUCUGCUGUCACACGUUGACCAACAUAAUCCACCAACUUUCCGACCUUUCUCGACAUGCCGGCGACAUCUUCCUGGCCAUCGAGGUGGAGGCGGGGAUGGUGUUCAGGAGAUCCUGCAGGAUCCAGGGGAGGCUGCAAAAGCUGCAAGUUGAAGUCGCUCAACUGGAUGCCAAGAAGACUCAAAUCCCGGUGUCCAACCUGGACGAGGAGAGCAAGUGGACGGUUCAUUACACAGCGCCGUGGCACCAGCAGGAGAACGUCUUCCUACCGGGCAGCAGGCCGCCCUGCGUAGAAGACCUCCACCGCCAGGCCAAAGUCAACCUUAAGACCGCCCUGCGAGAAUGCGACAAGUUGAGGAAGGAUGGUUUCCGGAGCUCUCAGUACUACUCCCAGGGUCCCACCUUCUCUGACCCCUUACAGUCCACCAGCAGCCUUCAGGAUGAGGAGGAGGAUGACAUUGAUAAGAAGUCCACAGCGUCCUCAGCGGAGGACAACAAAUCCCAGCUCUCCAUGAGGCCCCAGACGCCGCAGGGGGGCGGCGAGGGAGGGGAGAGGUACGAGGUUGACGGACAGGUUGUAUGGAACCGGGGCGCGUCCCUCCCCACCCCAGAGGAGAAGAUGAGGCUGGCGGCCCGGGCCGUGCCCACCGACAUAGUCCCCAUCAACGUCACAGGGGCAGUGUUUGACCGACAGGCGAGCAUCCGGCGCUCCCUCAUUAACACAGACACCGUGUCCCGCCGGCCCAAGAAGGUCAAACGCAGAAAGACUAUAUCAGGGCUGCCUGACAACUUCAACCAUGAGCUAGCAGCUAAAGGAUACGGCGGAGAGCUCCGGCCGCAUUCCAUGUUCAUCCCGGGGCAGUACUCCACCUUAGGCCGAGUUGGGAGUGUCAGCUCCACGCUCCGACGCUCAGAGACGAGAGAAUCCGGCUGCCAGACGGAAAACGUGAAGGUUGUGCCCCCGUCCAUGAGACGUAUCCGGGCUCAAAGAGGACAGGGAAUCGCCGCGCAGAUGGCCGGCAUUUCUACUUCCUCCUCGACGGGAAGCAUAUCCGUCGCGAGCAGUGACAGCUCCGGGAUCUUGAUGCUGCCUCAGUUUAGUAGAGACGCCUCCCGUUUCCACAGUCUGCCCCGACCAGGCGCCCGGGUGUCCCUCAGUGCCGACCCCAUUUAUAGCAGCACCCCCAUCAGGUCUGAGGAGCAAGCUACACCUCAGAGGCAGAUCAGCAAGCUUCAAGUUGAUGACACAGUGGUGCACAUGAGAAACGCGCCGCGGACGGGCACCCUGCCUCGGCCCAGGUCUCAGGAGCUGAGGGGCACGCAGGCCAGUGAUUGGGGCGGGGGUCCAGCGUGCGUGGUCUCCCCGCACGCCGCUUACUCCACCUCGUUCAUCCCCAAUGCCACCCUGUCCAGCUCCUCCGAGGUCAUCAGCCUCAACACCUGUGGUAAACUCCCCCACUCCCAGGCCCCCGCCUACGCCACGGGGCGAGCGCUCGGUGUCGCCUCCUCCACCGAACCCAGGAUCUCCAGUCCGACCGCCUUCUCCCACAGCUUCACCUGCCCGGCCUUGGCCACUUCUACCCCCGCGCACACGUCAAAGGAUGGCGGGCAGGAAGUGGCGAGACCUGCCAGUGAGUCGGGUCACUCGGACAGCAGCAUGCACAGCCGCAGCACCUUGGCGCCCACACCUCCAUCCGGUCUGCCGGAGGAGCCGUGGAUCUACGACACGCCGGAAAACGUGGCGGUUCCGCACCGCACGCUGACCUCCAGCUGCUCCAUUCCCAUGAACCAGCUGUACAGCAGCCUGGAUCACUCCUCCAGGACCACCACUGACUCCAGCUCCCUCUAUUCCCAAGACAACGAUGGAUACUACACCUCCAUGCACCUGGACUCAGGCCUGCGCUCUCGCAGCCACGGCAGCGGGCACGGCGCCGCACCGGGACGGGCCACCAGGCACAGCAUGUACGAGUGCCGCGAGGUGGCCAAUCGGGACGACUCCGGGAGCUUGUACAGUGACCGCUCGCUGUCCCGCAGCAUCUCCCUGCGCAAGUGCAAGAAGCCUCCUCUGCCGCCGGCUCGCACCGACUCCCUUAGACGCAAGACUUCCGGGAAAAAGCCUCUCGGAGGCGUCAGCGCCCUCGGCGGCGCCAAGGAGCCAAACGGGGCCAUGCUCAACGAGACUCUUAUCGCCAGCUUGCAGCAGAGCCUACAGAUGGGUCUGAAAGGCGGGAAAGGAAAGGGGGCUUCACCUUCUUCCCCCUCUCACAGCCCAAGUAGCGACUACGACGACCCUUGGGUGCUGCGGCCGCGCAGCCAGAGCAGCAUCAGCGCGUGCAGCUCCGCAGCGUCACUGUUGGCUAACGCCAACUGUGGGGGCGUGUCCAACGUGUACUCGUUGUGCCACGUGACGCCGGCUCACAGCGACACCAGCAGCUUGCGUUCGGAGUACGCCGACUCCUGGGGCUACUACAUGGACUACCCCCGUAACCACGGCGAUCAGCGGGUGCAGACCCCUCCGGCCCACGCCCCGGAGAACCUGUCGGCCGGGGCUCACCCGGCAGAGCUGCAGAACGGAGGGGAGAUCCUGAAGAUCAGCCAGGCUCCUGAUGCCACGGGUCAGGAGGGAGCGGUGGCAGCGAAGCCCAAAAUGGCCACCUCCUCGCCGGACAGGGUGCACCGGCUGACGUCCCCAUCCAGCGGCUACUCCAGCCAGUCCAACACCCCCACAGCUGGAACCCCAGUGCCCUCGUUCGUCAGGUCCAUGUCUCCCUCGGGCGGACGGCCGAAGCCCAAAGUCCCCGAGAGAAAGUCCUCCCUCCUCUCCUCCCUAUCCAUGUCCUCCUCUUCCACCUCCCUGUCCUCCAACACCUCGGACUCACUUAAAAGCUGCGGACCUCCCCCUCCGCCACCUCCACCCUUUCCCGUCUUCUCCUCCUCGGCUCCCACCACCCCUCUCAGCCCACCUCCACCCUUCCCUCCCCCCCUGCCACCAUGCUCCAGUGGCGGCACUCCGUCGCCAGAUCCCCCGCAGCCAUCCACCCCUCAGUGUCAAUCUCUGAGCCCGCCUUCCGCUUGCUCCACCUCCCCAGAAUUCCCUCCCCCUCCAUCCCCUGAAAUGCUAAUCCAUCCCAGUUCAUCUUUCAAUGGGAGCUUCAGCCCUCCCCCUCCACCUCCACCUCCCGUCCCCUCCAUGGGUCCCCCUCCGCCUCCCCCACUGCCGGCUUUUGUCCCUCCUUCCCCCUCCCCAUCUUUUGUGAAGGCGGUGAAAGAGUCCCGGAAAGCUGCUCCUUCCAGCGGGCCCACAAAGUCACCCAAGCCCCUGAUCACCCCGUUGGCGCUGCAGAGUGUGCAGCUCCGCUCCGCCAAACGUUCACAGAAGGAGAUCAACGGCAAAUCGGACCGGACCGAGGCUCAGGCUCUAAAGUCACGGGCCCUGGAGCCGUCUCCCCCCUUGGAGCAACCUACUGCGACCCCCCCGGAAGAAGAUCCACGCAACUCCUCACCAUCACCUGUGUCGAGGCUCUUAGAAGAGUUUUCUGUGGACUGCAGAAUCACAGAUGACGCAGCAGAUAGCUCUGUCAUGAAUGGAAGAGCCGAGGACCAGAGUUACUUCAUCCUGAGCAGUAGAGAGACAUUUGAGGUGCGUGAAUCAUUGCCCGCCCCCCCACAGAGCCCCCAGAGCUCUCCUGUCAAACAGAAGCCCCCGGCGGUCUCCAAGAAACCCCAAAUCUCUUUCCUCUCACAGUUUGGCCCCAAGCCAAUCCAUGAACAGGUUCCUUCUCACCUUGAAGACACAACCGACACGUCACCAAUAGAAGACCAAGUUGAUGCGCCGCGCAGACAAAUACAGACGGAACAGGAGGAGAGUAAACGAGAGCAACGGGAGGAAGAGGAAGCUUCGGAGGGCUCGGAGAUUGAGUCAGAAAGCAGCAAAACGUCAACAGUAACCCAGAACGAGUCCUACGUUUAUGAUGAUGAUGAUGUAUACACCAAUGGAGAGGCUCAGGACGAGGACGAGGACGAGGUAGAUGGAACAAGCAGCACGACUGGAUCCAUCAGCUCCAAGGAGGACGACGCUGGUGAGGUGUUCUACUCCAGUGCAGCCGAAUCGUCUCCGGCGCCGUCGGCCAACGGGGCGUCCGAGGAGAACAUGGUGACCCCGACUCCCUCGCGGCCCCGGACCACCGAGGACCUUUUUGCUGCCAUUCACAGGUCCAAGCGCAAGGUCCUGGGUCGCAAGGAAUCUGAGGAGGAAAAGUCCCGGUCCGAGAGCCAGCCUCAAUCGCCCCCCGUCACUCCGUCAGGCGGCUCCCCGGCCACGGCGUCCCCCUCGUCCCGCCAGGCGGGCUCCAUCCAGCGCAACCUGCGCAAGUCCUCCACCAGCAGCGACACCUUCAAGGCCCUCCUCCUGAAGAAGGGAAGCCACUCGGGGACCAGCUUCAGGAUGUCGGCCGCCGAGAUGCUCCGCACCACCGACCCCCGCUCGCAGAGGCCGCACUCUGAGUCGGCGUUGGACUCGCCGGAGGCUUCGCCCUCGUCGCCGAUGGGGCCGCACAGCCCUUGUAACUCCCCCGGUCGCGGCAAGAGGCCGCCGGAGGAGUGGAGCCGCUACGAGGCCUUGGCCAUGUCCUCGCCGACCUCGCCGUCCUUCUCAAUGAGCGGGUUCAGGCACGGGCGCUCGCGCACGCCGCCCUCCGCCGCCAGCAGCAAGUACAACGCCCGCUGCCGGAUCCUCAGCAGCCCGAUGACGGUGAUCUGCGAGCGCGAGGGCGAGCUGGCCGAGGGCGAGUACGGAGACGCCCCCGCCGCUCCGACUCUCCCCGCGUUCAAUAACUCCAAUGGCACUUUAUCCGAGGAGAGCAGAAGUUAGACAGCAAGGACCGCCCCUUUAGAUACAAGGAGCUGAACUCACACGCUGUAAGGCAGGUGGGGGCAGGAAGAGGAGCCAAUAGAAGGCCCUCAAGGCACACCUUCCUGAGCCCCGCCCCCUCGGGUCGCAUCUGAGGCCAGUUAAAUGUCAAGUUGGAAUGUGAGGUCAGAGGUCGCCCGGUCACGGACCAGACUGAACUUAGUCCAAAGUGGAGAACUGUAUCUGCUGCACCUUGUCGCUGCUCCCGUGAUUCUGGCUUUGUCCUCCUGACUCGCCGCGUUCAAAGAACGCUGUUGUUUUCCCGCCUGGUUUCUCAGUUUGUUUCCAUUGUUUUUUUUGUUUUGUUUUUCUUUUCUCACUAUGAUGUCAAUAACGUGCAGGAAUCUUUCUUGGAAGGAUAAGCCGAAGGAAGUGAGUCACAAGUUCUCGUAACUCGCGGUGCUAUGGGGCUGUUCGGAGGUCUGGCGUGCUGGACGCUCGCCGUGGGAAUCUGCUUCUCACCGGUUGGCUCUCUCCAGGAGGAGGAGGAGGCGGACGGCUCCACGCUGAUCGGCAGGUUUCGCUUACUGCUCUUAGUCUGAGGUUUGGUUUGCAGAGCCGGGAUGUUCUGUGGUGCACAGGAAGCGCAGAAGCCUCAGUGCUGCCCCCUAGUGGCGGCCAGGAAGUAAACAACUGUAGACUCAACCAAAACAGCAAAUUCACUCAUAAAACCUCCAUUAAUUGAAUUUUAGUUUGUAGAUUUUGCAUUGUGCAUAGAUAUUUUUUCUUCGUUUGUGUCUUAAAAACGAUGUUUUAAAAAUUGUUUUAAUAAACAAGUUAUGUUAUGACGUG